GCUAUCGUCCUGUCUCCAGUUUUCCCUGCUGGCCCAUCAAUUACGUUUCUUCCCGAUAAUAUUUCUUGUUGCUCUAAUCCCUGGCCGUUCCGACUAUAAUUUAAUUAACCUAUCGUGACUUCUGAGUGAGGUCGCAACCCUUUCACCAUGGUCCAGAUUAGCGAAGUGAAGGGCAAUUCGCGCGAAAACAGGACCGCCGCGCACACGCAUAUCAAGGGUCUUGGAUUACGUCCUGAUGGCACUGCAGAGGCUUCCAGUGAUGGAUUCGUUGGCCAAACGACCGCCCGUGAGGCAUGCGGUGUUGUUGUCGAUUUGAUCAAAGCGAAGAAGAUGGCCGGGCGUGCUGUUCUACUUGCCGGUGGACCAGGAACUGGAAAGACGGCGCUCGCCCUUGCCGUAUCACAGGAACUGGGAACCAAGGUCCCAUUUUGUCCAAUCGUUGGCAGUGAAAUCUACUCUGCUGAAGUUAAGAAAACAGAGGCACUUAUGGAGAACUUCCGGAGAGCGAUUGGUCUCCGUGUGCGCGAAACCAAAGAAGUGUAUGAAGGUGAAGUCACCGAGCUUACGCCCGAGGAAACUGAAAACCCAUUGGGAGGCUAUGGACGCACAAUCAGUCACUUAAUUAUCGGAUUGAAGUCUGCAAAGGGAACCAAGAAGCUGCGCCUUGAUCCCAGCAUUUAUGAGGCUAUCCAGAAGGAACGGGUCACCGUUGGAGAUGUUAUCUACAUCGAAGCGAACACUGGUGCUUGCAAGAGAGUUGGACGAUCAGAUGCCUAUGCGACCGAGUUCGAUCUUGAAGCGGAAGAAUAUGUUCCUGUGCCCAAGGGGGAGGUCCACAAGAAGAAGGAAAUCGUACAGGAUGUGACGCUACAUGACCUGGACAUGGCCAACGCCCGACCACAAGGUGGACAGGACGUUAUGAGCAUGAUGGGACAACUGAUGAAGCCCAAGAAGACAGAGAUCACGGAUAAGCUGCGCCAGGAGAUCGACAAGGUAGUUAGCCGGUAUAUCGACCAAGGAGUUGCUGAGCUGGUUCCUGGUGUUCUAUUCAUUGAUGAGGUCCACAUGUUGGAUAUCGAAUGUUUCACCUAUCUCAACCGUGCACUUGAAUCCACAAUCUCCCCCAUUGUCAUCCUUGCCUCCAACCGCGGCCACACUGUCAUCCGCGGCACCGACGACAUCACUGCCGCACACGGCAUUCCUUCUGACCUCCUCGCUCGCCUUCUCAUCGUCCCCACCCACCCUUACUCUUCCGACGAGAUCAAGACUAUCAUCCGCCUUCGCGCCAAGACCGAAGGCAUCAACAUCACCGAUCCCGCCCUCGACAAGAUCUCCGAGCACGGCAGUAACGUCAGUCUGCGGUACGCACUGCAAUUACUAACCCCCGCUAGCAUUCUUGCACGGGUCAAUGGACGGCCAGGAGGCAUCGAGGAGGCCGAUGUGGCCGAAUGCGAGGACCUCUUCCUUGAUGCAAAGAGAAGCGCGACGAUUGUAAGCCAAGAUAGCGAGAAGUUCCUUUAG